CAGUGCGUGAAGAGUUUACCAAAAUUCUUAUUAAAUGAUCUGAAAGUAGAAAUUAUUUAGCGAGCGAUCCCUCGCACUUUAGACCGAUUUCGGACACAUUAUGCUCACGGAUAUUGGCAGCAGUGCAAACGGUAACGGUAAUGGCAACAGCGGCCAUAAUAUUGGCAAUGGUCACGGCCUAGUCAGCGGACUUCAUUCGAGCGACUCCUCCAGCGGAAUCGGCAGUGCUAGCAGUGAGAAGUUGGCAACGCGCAGCGAUGAGGCCAAUGCCACAAAGGGCAGCAAUGGUGAAGGGGAUGCCGACGAGGAUGACGAUGAUGAGGACGAAACUACGGCAGAGUCCCCUCUACUGCCCCUAAAGGACGUCGAGCCUUCGCCCCCUCGAGUCCAGAGUUCCUCGCACAUAUCAGCCAGUAGGUCACCCCACAAGUACAGCACCUUAGCCGGCGACUUAGCACCUCCACCCACUUCCGCGCCCCACGAAGAUCCGGAAGGAGAGGCCAACAACAACAACAACAACAACACUAGCAGCAACAACAACAACCACAACCACGAGGGCGCGUUCUACAAGCACCUUUCGGACGGGGACAUUGUCGCUCCCACUCCCACCCACAAGCAGCAGCACGAGUACCAGCUCUAUCCCAACGACACCUUCGCCCGCCUGGAGGGAAAGGCACCGAGGCCAAACACCAAGAUGCAGACCAAGGUGGAUGCCGUGGGACGAAUCACCGGGCCCUGGGGGAAGUGGCAGCUGCGAACGGUGCUCCUGAUCUUCCUGUGCAAGAUCCCCUCCUCCUGGUUCAUGGCCUGCAUCAUUUUCACGGCCCCGGCACCGCGACACGGCGAGUUCUUCUGCAAGCCGCCAAACACGAUCGGAGCCCAAAACCAGACGCAGUGGAUCAAGGUGUCGCAUCCGCAGAAGGAGGAGAGCGACGACCAGGAGUUCAGCAUAGACUUCUGCAAUGUCUAUCAGGAUGCGCAGGAGCACGCCCAUCAUUACUACAACUACGAGAACAGUGAGCAGGAGCCGCGCGUGUGGGAGAAGCCCCUGCACCGCAACUCCAACGUGAUACCCUGCACGGAGUUUCAGCACGAGGCCGACUACCACUCGGUGGUCACCCAGUACGAUCUCGUCUGCUCCCGGGACAUCCUCGUCUCGGUCACGCAGUUCUUCCAUCUGUUCGGUGUCCUCACCGGCGGCAUCCUGGCCAAUCAGCUGCUCAAAUAUUUCAGUCCCCGAAAUGUGAUGCUCUUCGGCAUGAUCACUCAGAUAUUUUGCGGUAACCUCACGGGUCACGUGGCCUCCUACGAGCUGCACGUGUUCUUCCGCUGUCUCUCCGCCGUUUGUUGUGCCCAGAUGUACACCGCCGGAGGUCAGAUCAUGGCCGACAUAACGGGGGGAAAGUACCGCACCUGCGUCUCUACGCUGUUCGAGCAGUUCUGGUCCAUUGGCGUGAUGAUGCUGCCCGGAGUGGCUAGCUUCUGGUCCAGCUGGUCUCACCUCUACAUGGCCAUCUCGUGGCCCACUGUGAUACUAAUCUAUCUGUGGCAGUGGAUUCCUGACUCGCCGCGCUGGCUGAUCGCCAGAGGGCGCACACAGGACGCGAAGAAGAUCCUGCUGGAGUGCGCCGAGGUGAACGGAACGCGCUACAACCUGCCCCACGACAUCGAUCAGCAGCUGGAGCUGCAGGCGCAGACGGCGAUGGACGCACCUCCCCCCAGUGGGUGGUGGUCGAUGUGGAAGGGAGAGCGGGCGGUGCGACACAUGGUGUUCGUGCACCUGGCCUGGUCGCUCUACAUCGUGGUCUACUACGGCAUGCUGCUCAAUAUCCGCUCCUUCAGCCGCGACCACCUGUACAUCAACACCUUCGUCGCGGGCUUCAGCGAGAUGAUGGGCACCUUCUUCGGCCUCUUCCUGAUCCUGAAGACCACCCGCAAGUGGCUGUGGACGGGACUCUUCAAUAUAGUAGCCGGAUGCAUCGCCUACUGCGGCUGGCUGGUGCCGAAGCCCAGUGUGAUUGGACUCGACCCGAAUGUGGCCCUGCUGAUGUGCUCGGCCAUGGUCUCCAAGAUGGCCAUAUCCACGACGCUUAGCAUUCUGACUACCUGUACGGUGGAACUGGUGUCGGAUGACAAGAAGAAAAUCACCUCCUUUUCCACAAUCUGCUGGGCUCGUUUCUGGCUGCUCGGGGCCCCCUUCAUUGGAUCUACAGUCGUCUUCGGACAGCUCAUUCCCCAGACGGCAUUCGCCUCUCUGGCCAUUUUUGGUGGCCUGUGCACCUCUAUGAUAAGCAGUCCUAGGACGCAUCCCAUCUCGAGACCCGCUUCGCCUUCACCGACUGCCCAGGGGGCCCAGAACAUGGCCUCACAGUUCACCAUCAUCGACGGAAUGGACAACAAGGGCUAUACACCCACCUCCAAGACCAUCCACUCGAACAGCGCCAUUAGGAAACUGACCACGCCGCAAUCGAAUCUACCUCCUCAACUGAUGCCCGGCAUUUGGACGACCAAGAUAAACGAGGACGGCCCACCAAUGUGAACAGCUUUUCAAGUGACGUGAUGUUGGUUUGGCUUGAGAUAUAGCGAAUGGGUUGGAAUCUGAUGUGCAAAAGCCAGAUUAAAAUGAAGAAGCAAACGUUCAAAAGUAAGCUAUUGCUAAAUUCACAGCUAGGACCUUGACUGUGUUCACUUUGGUGGUGCUGUGACUUGUAAACUAUAGUCUACAACAUUUGAUAAACACUAUAUACUUAUAGCCCGCUUAAUAACUUUAAGGGCUUCGUUUUUUGUAAGGCACGUUAGCAAACUUUCGUAGGGGAGAAGUCCAGUUAAGUACUGGAUCUUUUCGCACACUUUAGUAGAAGCUCAACUCUACCCUAAACCAUAAAUCGGAGUGCUUCAGUGAGAGAAUACUAGGCACUUAAAGACAAAUGUAAAUUUUUAAGUAGGCAAUCUCUUAAGCUUAAAGCUGUGGACUAAAAUCCUCAACCAAAUUAUAUUAAAAGGGAAAAGACGCUCGCCAACCCUAAAAUUUAAUGCGAUGGCAACAAAAAAAAAAAACAACAUAUUUUUCAUUAACUUUAAUUUUAGGUCAUAGUUUAUUUAAUAAACCCGGAAGGCCAUAACAGCACUUAGAUCUGGGAUUAGCUUCAUCGCAGCCAUAAUUAGUAGUCUCGUAAGAACAUAAGUCAAAUGUGGAACACGGCUUGGGACAAGCCCAGUAUUAAGCAGUCAAUAUUGAACCAAAACGGAACCGUACCGAAUAGAACCUCAUGUAGAACCCUCUGCACAGACAAACCAACUUUAAAUGGUGAUCCUUCUAAAGGCCUGUGGUUCCACAUUUAAGUGAUUGUGUUGCAAACACCUGGAGAGAAUUACAUGAAAAGACAUAUAAGAGUAGUUACACAAUAAUUACAUAUUAUGGACAAUUUUAAUUAACUACCUUUAUCUAUGAUAAAAAACUAACUACAUAGAUGAAAACAAUAAUUUUAGAGUACACAUUAAUUACUUUAUUACCGUUAUGUAUUAUGAUUAUCAAUUACCAAGCUAAUUUAAUAUAAUUCAAUUAGUAGUUUUUCAGGUCCUACGUGCAUACAUAAAUAUGAAUAUAAAAUAUUUUUAAAGUUGCAUCACUAGAGUACGCUUAGCAACCUGUUGAAUGUUAUCUGAUAAUGGUUACUAUAUGAAAGGAAAUGUUAUACAUGGCAAAAGAGCAAUAUUUUUCUAAUAAAGCAUCUCCAUAAAUCAAUGUA